AUGGCCAAAGCUAAGUCCAAGAACGUCAUCGUCAAGCUGAUAUCCACAGCCAAGACAGGCAUCACCAGAACGUUGCUAUUGCCCAGACAAGUGGGAAUCGUUAACCAGAUCAAGUAUGACCCUAUAGUAAAAAGACAUGUGCUCUUUGUGGAAGCCAAGAAGAGAAAGAUGGGUACACAGAAGAAGCCACUGGACUUUCACAGAGGUGCUUUUGACUGGAAGAAGAAAUAG